AUGGCGUUGCCAGACGCAGACCCGACGGCAGCCAGUUUGGUGGCCACGGCCGGUGGACGCAUCGACAGCGGCAAGGGUUGCCAGUUCCCGGGGGCCCCCGCCCACGGCAGCGCCGACGUUACCGACGACCAGCUGCACGACGGCACGGUCGCCACGUACUACUGCGAGCGGGGCUUCGAACUGCUCGGGCCGUCGCGCCGCGUCUGCCACGAUGGCCAGUGGAUCCCGGAGGGCAUCCCGUUCUGCGUGCUGAACGUGGCGGCCGGCAAGGCGCCGAUGCAGAUCUCGACCGAGGCGUCCGGUAUCCCGCAGAAGGCGAUCGACGGGUCGACGUCGGCGUUCUUCUCGCCGGACAGCUGCUCGCUGACGAAGCCGGAGCGGGUCCCGUGGUGGUACGUGAACCUGCUCGAGCCGUACAUGGUGCAGUUGGUGCGGCUCGACUUCGGGAAGUCGUGCUGUGGCAACGGCAAGCCGGCAACGAUCGUGGUGCGCGUCGGCAACAACCGGCCGGACCUGGGCACGAACCCGAUCUGCAACCGGUUCACCGGCACGCUCGAGGAGGGCCAGCCCCUGUUCCUGCCGUGCAACCCGCCGAUGCCGGGCGCGUUCGUAUCGGUCCACCUGGAGACGGCCGGUCCGGCCCAGCUGUCGAUCUGCGAGGCGUUCGUCUACACCGACCAAGCCCUUCCGAUCGAGCGGUGCCCCGCGUUCCGGGACCAGCCGCCCGGUGCGUCGGCUUCGUACAAUGGCAAGUGCUACAUCUUCUACAACCGCCAACCGGUGGCGCUGCGGGAUGCGCUUGCGUUCUGCCGGGCGCGCGGUGGUACACUGAUCAACGAGAGUAACCCGGCGCUGCAGGGCUUCAUUAGCUGGGAGCUGUGGCGGCGGCACCGUAGCGACACGUCGUCCCAGUACUGGAUGGGUGCGGUGCGCGAUGCGCAGGACCGCAACACCUGGAAGUGGAUCGGUGGCGACGAGGUGUCGGUCUCCUUCUGGAAUCUGCCCGGCGGCGACGAGGACUGUGCCCGCUACGACGGCUCGAAGGGGUGGCUCUGGAGCGACACCAACUGCAACACGCAGCUCAACUUCAUCUGCCAACACCAGCCGAAGGCGUGCGGGCGACCGGAGCAACCACCCAACUCGACGAUGGUGGCACCGAAGGGCUUCGACGUUGGGGCGACGGUCGAGUACAGCUGCGACGAGGGCCAUCUGCUGGUGGGGCCCCCGCAGCGCACCUGCCUGGAGACGGGCUUCUACAACGAGUUCCCGCCGGUCUGCAAAUACAUUGAGUGCGGGCUGCCGGCUUCGAUCCCGCACGGUUCGUACGAUCUGCUGAACGGCACGGUCGGUUACCUCAGCACGGUUCAGUACCGGUGCGGCGAGGGGUACGAGAUGGUUGGCCGGGCGGUGCUGACGUGCGACAUCGACGAGCGCUGGAACGGGCCACCGCCGCGCUGCGAGCUCAUCGAGUGCGAUCCGCUGCCGACGCUGUUCGCGAACGGUGCCAUCGUCGCCCCCAACCAGACAGUGUACGGGGCGGUGGCGGAGGUGCGUUGUGCCCGUGGCUACGUCCCGGACGGUGGUGGCGCGGCACAGAUCCACUGCACCGCCACCGGCCAGUGGAACGCCUCGCUGCCCAGCUGCGUGCCCCAGCAGCAGCAGCAGCAGCCGUCGGUGCCCGUGGCGCCGCCCAGCGAGCCCAGCGGCGACGGCGCACGGCCGCCAGCGCCGGCUCGACGACCCCUGCAACCGGGUGGCCAGCGUCGGCCACCGGGCCCAGUGCGCUACACGACCCCGCAGCAGACCAGCAGCACCACCACCAUUGCACCGCCGCCGCCGAGCACCGUGCCGACGAGUCCUGCGACCGCAACCACGGCGUCAGCCGCAGCCAGCAGCACCCCCAGCAGGGCCAGCAGCAGCAGCACCACCACCACCACCGAGUCGCCCAUGUUUAGCAUCGAAAUCGAUGACGAAGUGCGCCCGGGGUCGGUGCGCGAGGACGCCGGGCACCAGCCGCCGCCGCCGCCACCCUACCGGCCGGUCGUGGUCGUGUUGCCGAACGGGGGCGGCGCCGGCGCCGGCUCCAGCCCGCCCAAGCCGUCCUACUACGAGCCGCACCCGGUCGGGGCCGGUACCACCGGACGGCCGGGGCCCGCGGUCCAGACCCACCGGCCGUCGCUCACGCGCCGCCCGCCGUCGGUGACACCCUCGGCGCCGCCACCGUCGACGACGACGGCGGCCACCGCGGUGACGACGGCCCGGGGCCGCCAGCCACCGAACCAGCACGACAUCCUGGCGCAGCACCCGCAGGACAACGAGAUCGCCGGCAGCGUCAACAUCCGGCAGGAUCAGUCGCCCAAGGUCAACGUGCCGUUCGCCGUCGACAACCGGGACAGCAGCAGCGGCGGCGGCGGCGGCACCACCGCCGACGGUGGCCACGGCAACGGUGGCCUCGUGACGGGGCUCGGAGGUGGCGCCGGGGGCGCCAGCGGUGCACCCGGCGGCGGGCCGUCCGGUGAGCGGAAGGAGUCCAAGAGCGCCAAGCUGAACCUCGGGGCCAUCGUGGCGCUCGGGGCGUUCGGCGGUUUCGUCUUCCUGGCCGCCGUCAUCACCACGAUCGUGAUCGUCGUCCGAAGGAACCGGACCACCAACCAGCACUACCGUCACCGCGCGUCACCCGACUGCAACACCGUGGCGUCGUUCUCCAGCUCCAGCUCGGAGUCGCGGAACGGGCUUAACCGGUACUACCGGCAGGCGUGGGAGAACCUGCACGAGUCGGCCUCCAAGAGCCACCACAGCAGCGGCCAUUCGGGGCUGAAGCGCAAGGAGACGAUGGACCCGCCGGUCAAUCGGUCGCGGUCGCGCGAAAACCUCGAGGCCAGCCGGACUCGCGACCUGGAAAGGUCGCGGGAAAACCUGUCGGCGCGCAGCCGGGACUACGGGCGCGACAGCAUGGCGCUACGCGACGGCUCGGAGAUGGUCGUGUCGGAUGUGUGCGUGAAGGGCGAGAAGAAGCGACACCACCAUCACCACCACAAGAGCAACCACCAGCGUGGCGACUUCCGGGAGCCAAACAUCAUGGGCAGUGGCAACGGGCGGCGCGAGCACCGUCACUAUUGA